AUGGCGACGACGGAACAACCCUCGAAAGGAUCGCAACUCGGAACGCCGGGGAUGCUCAGUGAGAGAGUCUCAUCUGACUCCUCCGCGAUGCCUCAGCAAGAAUUGAAGGCCGCUCCGAAAGCCGGCCUCACCACCAGACUACGCGAUGAUAUCAAUCCAUCGCACUCGGACAUACCAGUGCUCAUAACCUGCUUCGUUUCUGGAAACACCAUCUUCCUCGCCCUCGGCACAGCAAACCUCCCAUACGGCGCGGAAACUCUUUGGCUAAGGGCUCUUGUCUCCAUCGUCUCCUUCUGGGCAGGUUGCUUCUUCUUCAGCCAGUCGCGUCGAGUCCAGCCCAAGGGGAAGGCGACCCUAGCAUGCUCGUUCCUCAUCCAGUCCCUCUUCAUCCUCAUUGCCGCGGCGGUCUCACAGAGCGGCGCGGUUCCUGCUUUUAGUAUGCACUCGCUGGGCACCGCGGCGGCGCACGAGAGGCUGGCAAGCUAUGAGACCGAGAGCAUGACCUUGCUUCCAGUGGCCUUGUUGGCUUUCCAGUUCGGAGGACAAAUCGUGACUAGUCGAGUCUUGGGUUUCAACGAGGUGCCGACAAACGUAUUGACGUCGUUGUAUUGCGAUUUGUUCUCCGAUCCGCUGAUAAUAGCGCCUGUUGGCAAGAAUGUGAAGCGCAACAGGCGGGUUGUGGCGGUGCUCUUGAUGGUCGCAGGUGGUAUCCUGGGUGCUUGGCUGCAGAAGUCGAAGGCUGGUAUGCCAGCUGCUUUGUGGAUCGGCGGGGCAAUCAAAAUGGCAAUCGCCGUGUCGUGGGUGGGCUGGAAAGGGAAGACGGUGGUCAACGAUGAGAAAGUGUAA